AUGGAAAGAGGUGUCAAACAAUUGCCAUUAGUUAAACCCUAUUUACGAUCGGUACAAAACAUCAACAAUAAAGCAAUUAAUGAAGCAUUGAAUAAUUUAUUAAUUGAAGAAGAAGAUUAUCAAGGUUUGAGAAGUUUAAUUGAUGCUUAUGAUAAUUUUGGUAAUAUAUCAUUGACCCAAUGUUUGGAAAAACAUGAACUGAUUGAAUUUCGUCGUGGGGGAGCAUAUUUAUACAAAGGAAAUAAUCGUUGGAAACAAGCUGUUGAAUUAACGAAAAAGAUCGCUUGUACAGAAAUUAGCAUGACGACACGAUAUUAUGAAUUUUGCGAUGCCCUGUAUGAUUCAAGUGAUGCGAGAACAUAUUUCGAAGGUCGAUAA